AUGGAGAAGGAACCCAUAGUUCUGCUUUUUCCUUGUUUAGCUAACGAAAAGCGUUCUGUACCGUCCAACUGUUCUCAGUAUGAGUUGUGUAUCAACGAGACGUGGCAACGUCAGACAUGUCCCAAUUCCUACUACUACAAUCCGGAACAACAAAAAUGUCUGGAGCCCCGUGACGAUACUGUAUGCGAAUAUGCCAAGGCAUCGAAUCUUCCGCCCUGUAACGCCAAAAACGAACAGCGUUUGCACAGAGGUCGCACCUGUCAACAGUAUUUCCGUUGUCAAAAUUCCAAAUGGCAUUUGAAUAAUUGUGGCAAGGCUCUGUACUAUGACGAGGCCUACGGAACAUGUUUGCCCCAUAACAUGGGACAGAAAUUUGAGUGUACGCAGCUGGAGAAUAAAACUCAAGGCCAGCAAGUUAUUGCAACUGAAUCGUGUCACCACCUGGCUGUGCGUUCCUAUGAUGAAAACUGUGCCAUGUAUCUGAUGUGUUUGGAGGACCAGUGGUGGUAUCACUAUUGUCCCUUGGGCAUGUACUUUAAUGGGUCGCUGAACUAUUGCAUACCCGAUACAGAGAAUGUGUGUCCGCAGGCCAUUAAGAAAAAGGAUGUUUUGGAAAUUGAAAAUUUCGCUCUUGAACCCUGCCCCCAGGAGGGUCUGCUCCGGCCCUCAGCCUUGGCCUGUAAUCGUUUUUACAUCUGCAUUGCUGGCCGUUGGCAGCAGCAACAAUGCACCCAAGCCGGACAGUAUUACGAUGCUGAGGCAAGUAAAUGUGCCAGAGACACCGAAGGAAUUUGCACCCAACUACAAAUGGACUGUGUGCCCCAGGAGAGACGUAGUUUUCCGCUGAAUUGUUCAGCCUAUGAAGAGUGUUCCACGAGUGGGAAAUGGGAAAAACGCAUUUGUGGCAGGGAUGAGAUGUAUGAUGAUUUAUUGGGUGGCUGCAUUCGAAAUGAUGGCAUCUGCUCGGCCAGAGGUUUGAAAAGGGUCUGUAAUGGCCAGGAAUUACGUUGGGUGCCGGGCAAUUGUUCCCUGUUCUAUUAUUGCCUCAGGGAUAGCUGGGCCCUGGGUAGUUGUGUGCGGGGCCAUAUGUUUUCCCCCAAGGAGGGUAAGUGUGUGCCACAUAGCCUAUUGGAUAAAUGUAAGACUCUGGGCGAGCUGGGAGUUCAGCAGUUAACCGAACAGGUCCAUUUGGCCGAACAGACCCAAGUGUGUGAAAAUCAACCUGAAGGUGCCUCUGUGAUUCAUUCCGGCGACUGUUCACGUUACUAUAUUUGUGUGACCCCCACCAAACCCUAUGAAAUGCAAUGUGUGAUGGGUAGCUUUUUUGAUCCGCAACUAGGCUAUUGCAGGCCCAAUGAUGGUUCCUGUCGCCUACCCUUGACCGGGGAAUGUGCCAAUGCCACAGAUGGCAGCCUGGUGGCACAUCCCACCAAUUGUCAGGCCUAUUAUUCCUGUUCCACUCUGACCGGUCAGCAGCUGCUCUACUGUCCAGAGGGUCAAUACUACCAUAAAUUUACGCGGCAAUGUCGUGCCGACCACGGGGAAUGUAAGGGAGCUGUAACGAAUGAAAACUCCAAAUGUGCCAAUGCCAGCCAUGGCACCCGCCUGGCCCAUGAGCGAUAUUGCAAUGUCUACUAUGCCUGUGUCCGGGGCCUGGCCAUACCCAUUGAAUGUCCCGAGCAAUAUCAAUUUAAUGCCCUGCUGGGAAAAUGUCUUUACGAUGCCACGGGUCAAUGUCAAGAUGGCCAUCUGGAGGACACGAAUCAAACCACCUACAGCUGUGGCACACUGCCUGAUGGUUCAUAUCUGCCCGAUCGCAAGGACUGUACCCGUUACUAUAUCUGUUCGGAGGGUCAAGCCCAGCCCAAAAAAUGUUCCGGCAGUACCUAUUUUGAUUCCCAACAGCUGCUCUGUGUUCCGGAUGAUGGUUCGUGUCCCUUUGUCGACGAAGAUGCACCCAAUCAACAUCCCGUACCACCAGAUCCCAUUGUGUGUGAGGGCAAGCACGGCUACAUCAUGGCGGAUCCUUUGAAUUGCAACAAUUUCUAUGUUUGCCUGGACGGCAAGUUGAGGCAUGAACGGUGCUAUGAUCAGCAUUUCUUUAAUACCACCAGUAAUCAGUGUCAAAAGAAACCCCUGGAAUCGGCUCUGGAUGAGGAAGCUGUCACCGAGCCUUUAGCCGGUAAUCUUCUCAAGUCCCAGCCGCUGCGACAACAGCAACAAUGCACGGACAACAGCACCUCUGUGGAACAAAUGUGCAAGGAGUACUCCGACGGAACCACCAUAGCCCAACAGGGCGAUUGCCGUUACUUUAUAACCUGCCAACCGGAAGACGAGGCACCUCUGCUGCAAAAGUGUCGCAAUGGCGAAAGUUAUGACAGCUUGCUGGGUUUUUGUCGGCAAAAUGAUGGCACCUGCCUGCUGGAGAACGGCAAACGUGUUGGCGAGUGCAAUGACCGCCAUGGCCAAAUGACCAGAGAUCCCAACAAUUGUCGUCAAUAUUUCACCUGCAUCAAUGGCCAAAAGAUACCCCAAACGUGUGGCGAACAUGAAUACUUCAGUAAAUCGCUGAAUGCCUGUGUCAAUGACACGGCCAAUACCUGUAAUCCGGAACAACAACAACAAUUAGCUGAAGAGCCGCAAAAGCAAACGAUGCAACAAAGUUGUGUGGGACUCAGUGAGGGUAUGCUCUAUCCCUAUGUGGCGGAUAAUUGUCGUUCCUAUUUCCAAUGUGUUAAGGGUGUGGCGGAAAUCCAUCAGUGUGCCGAUGGUUUGUAUUUCGAUGUGGCGGCCAUAAAAUGUGUGAAGGAAAUAGAAGAAUGUACAAUGGCGCCCAAAAGUAUGCAGCGGACAUUGCAAUUGAAACAGAAAACAUAUGAUCAGCUUUGCCUAAAUCGUAAACCCGAUACCACUUAUGCCCAUACGGAAAAUAAAUGUAAAUCCUAUUACACCUGUGGCGCUCGCGGAGAAAUUACCCACGCCCUUUGUCCAUUGGGAAUGGCAUUUGAUGGCCGCGCUCAACGUUGUCUACCCGAAAACCAAGUGAUUUGUAUGUAA